GUAUGCCGCAAUUCAGAUUGCGUCACCCGAGCGGGUUCUCGAGCUUGUGCCGCCAGAGAUGCUGGACGGCAAGAAGGUGCAGAAGGCCUUCCAUGUGACGACGCUUUACCUGGGUCGUGACGCCUGCAAGGACCUUGUCCUGCUGCGGCAGCUGGUGGGGCUGCUGGGCGAGUCCAUUGAGCUCACGCUGACGAGCGUUGCGUCUGAUCCGAAGGGAACGGCGAUCGCGGUGCGCAACGAGGGAGAGUUCCCCUGCGAAAAUGUUCAUCCACACAUCACCAUCGCGAACGCGCCGGGUGUUCCGCCUGUGUACAGCAACGAGCUGCUAGACGAUUCCCAUGCGGAUGACCCGUGCCGCAGCGUCGUCAGUCUCCCCGCCGGCACACGCGUCACCGGGACAUUUGUCUUCAGGUAG